UCCAAAAACUUGAAAGUUCAUGAAUGAAUGAAUUGAAUGUUUUAAUUAUAUUUUCGUAUAUUUUUAAUUUUUCAUAUUUUUAAGUAAAAUAUGAAGGGACUACAAGUUAUUAGAAGAUUUUGUUGUUCUUCUCUAAAUAAUUUUCCGUUAUGUUACGGUAAAAAUACUCACGUAAUACAAGUGCGACACAGUGCAUCAGAGAAAUUUUCUAACUUAAAGCUAUUUAAUCCUGUAUUUUUAAAAUCUCGUAAUCUAGGCUUAGGGCCCACUUCAAAGGAUUUUGAAGAGCCAAGUCAACGUACAGGUCCUCUGACCAAGUUACAUGCAAAUGAAUUAGUGCUACAUUUGAGUGACGAUGAAAGAAAAUUAUUACUUAAUGCACUGCAGGAGUACGAAUCCAAUAGAAUUAAGGAGGAAUUUGAAGAUAAAUUGGCUGGUCAACGAUGGAGAAGUAAGUUUGGAAGGCCUAGUAAAGUACCUACACUAGGUGAUGUUGAUCCUACAGGGACAUACUGCCCAGUUCCAGAGGACUGGCUAAAGAAAAAGUAUGCUGCUACAGUGCCAAAGCCUACAACUAGGGAAUUAUUUCAUUUGUUAUUUGCAAAUUCAAUACCAUUCAUUGGUUUUGGGUUUUUAGACAACUUCAUUAUGAUAAUUGCGGGCGACAGUAUCGAGAGCAGCAUGAGCGCGUACAUAACGCUGUCGACGAUGGCGGCGGCGGCGCUGGGCAACACGUUCAGUGACGUCAUAGGCAUCGGCUCGUCGUACUAUGUGGAGCGCGGCGCCGCAAUCCUAGGGCUCAGCGCGCCCGCGCUCUCGCCCAUACAGCUCGACAUGCCAGUCAGCAGGCGCUUCGCCAACAUGGGCCGGGUAGUCGGCAUUACGCUCGGCUGUUUCCUGGGCAUGACGCCGCUGCUGUUCAAAGACGACGAAAAGGUGCCCGACCCCAAAGAGGAAGAAGUACAACCGAAAAAGUAAACACGGUAAAGGUGGCGCUGGCGGCCACCGUCGCGACACUGCACUAGUUUGAUUGACACAUACACACACACACAUCACAUCUUUGACUGCCAUGUAAUGUCCUAAUAACAAUUUUUUAUUUGUUUUAAAUAUAUUACUUUACCAAAAAGUAAUAAUUCUUAUGCUGGGUACAUACCUGCACUUGUCGUCACGAAGCAAUUUUUAUUCUGUAAUAUCGUACUAUUGCCUUUACCCCCUACAGCAAGUGGCUGACGAGUCUAUCGGCAGAUAUAUCUACCGCACACCAAAAAAGAAUUACACAUCGCACAUUGAUAUCCUGUUCUAUCUGGAUCUAAAUCUAAGAUUAAAUGGAUUCGUUUACCAAAUCUUUAAGAGGGCUGGGUACAUUAGCGACUUGUUAACAGUUAACGAAUUAAAUUAACUAACUAAUAAAAAUUAUUAAAUUAACUAACUCUUAACAAUCUAAGAACAAUAGUUGCCUUAAACAAUGCUAGUAAAUUAAUACGUAGUCCUAAUUUCCAAUACAAUAAUUGAUAAUGGCUGAUUUCAACCAUACGUACCUAUUAUUAUACAAAACUUCGACACGACAAAUGCUGGUGUGGCCCCAGCAUAAAUAUCCUACGACUCUUGAUAUUUCGAUUCGAUGCCACGUGUGUGACGUUAUUAUAAUUUUGUUUUAAUUUAAUAAUUUUAAUUUAUAAAUGUAAUGUCCACGCGAGAAUGCGUUUAUGUAUAUACAUAUAGGUCUAUAUUAAUAUUUGCACGACUUCUAAAUAGGUUUUUUUUUUUAUACAACUUAGAAUGGCAAACAAGCUGACGGCCCACCUGAUGGAAAGUAGUAACCGUCGCCUAUACACAUGAGCAGUACCAUGGACAUAACAGAGAAUACUGUUUCGCCCAUGAUACGACCCCAUGCGUUGCCAUUCUAAAUAGGUAGCUAAUUGCAUUUGUGAAUUGAAUGUAUAGUGAAUCUUAUCAAGUGUUUAAAGGUUUAAUUGUUGUGAAUAGCAAUAGUACUUACAAAUGUAUUCAUAUUUUCGAAAAUAGCACAAAUUAUAGGUACAGUUGUAAUAAUAUAUAUAUUGUAAAUACCUUAUUAAUUAACAGUGGCAUUAUUAUUAUUUUGCUGCAAUAAUGUACAAAAGUGUUUACAUUAUUAUGUGUGACUGUACAUAUGUAAAGUCAUAUGUUUUUUAUAAUAGAUCAAACAAACUCAUUAGUGUUCAACAGACGGUGAUUCUUAUUUAUUUAUUUAUUAAACUUUAAUACACCUAGAUAGUGUAAAUGGCGGACUUAACAUCAUAUGGCGUGCUGUCUACCAGUCAACCGUAGACAGGAAUAAUAGAAAAUAUAAUUGACGAUGCGACGUGAUGAACAAUACUAAAUUAAAAAAAAAUAUUUAAAAAUAACACAUAUAAUACUCAUAUAUUCAUAUAUAUAUAUAUAUAUAUAUAUAUAUACAUUUCCAUUCGGAUACAAGGAAAACACCAGCAUUAGACAAAGCAAAAUGAAUACCAUAUGUUUUAAAUAUCGACAAGAACAUUUAAAAUACCUAUCACUUUUACUCUUGCUAAAACUGAUCUACAUGGUGUGCUACGCUCCUAUAUACACGCGUGGGUUGUUAAACUAUAUACUGGUGUAUUCCCACAAAGCUGCUGCACUAUCCACAGAGAAAUUAUUGCCGCCUCACUUUAUUGUGCAUUAUUGAAGUGUGUGUAUUAAAUUAUCCAAUCUGGUGGUCUACCAUGAAAUAAAAUUCCGAAUUUUCGGGCUCAAUUUCGUGUUUUUGUUCGUAUCGAAAUCGGACCAGUAAAUGGAGCUUAACAUUUCGUUUAUCAUAAAUCCUAUCCUAAUAGAGGGGGGGAAAGGGAUUGUUAGUAAUGGAGACUAAAAACUCCAUUGCUAGCAAUAUUCCCAACCAGGUCGACCUCCUCGUGAUUCCCCCUGGAAACUAUCAUGGUUAAUUCCUGAUGAAUUCAUCAUGAUGGGCUAACUGGCCUGUUUUCAUUCUCAUCUAUCACCCUUCACUGGUGCUCCGCCGGCGUAUCCCGUUAGCGCAGGCGGGGUUACCAUACCAUUAUCACCCAUAAAAAAAAAUAGUCCAGAAGAAUGAUAUUUUAACAUUUUUAAUUAUUUUAAUCGGCAUGUAUUAUGUUAUUUUAACAUCAAAUUUCUGUUUCGUUCGUCCCCGAAAUUUCAGAAAAUAUUUCAUGGUAGGCCCUCAGGAUACAGUUGUGAAAAGAGGCCAAUUCGAAACAAGCGUGAGGAUAUUAUGAUUAUAGGUAUUCUCAUGAAAAUGUAUAUGAAUUAGAAUGUAAAGGGCACACUGUACUAUUGGCAGUUAUAUUUUAUAUCAUUCAUCUUUGAAUAAGAUUCUAUAUACUCAGAAUUAAUUUCAUACAAAUAUUAUAUUAUAUAUACAAAUUAGAGUAUCGGAAUCCACUUUUUAUAACGCUUUAUGAAUGUUUCGAAAAAUAAUAUAGGCCUAUGUUUUGGGGUGAUAUUUAGUUUUUAAUGUUAUUUAACAAAUUUUUAGAUGUUAAGGAACAGUUUAUUUGUGAUAAGACGUUAGCGAAAUUCCUAUACAGGUGAACGAUGUUAUAUUUACCUAUAUUAUGUUGAAUUCUCUACACUGAAUGUAGUCGCAAUCUCGAUAUGUAAUCAGCUGGCCGAGAUUGACAAAUUGAUAAGUGUUUUUUAAUGAGUGAUAAUGGAAUGGUAACCCCGCCUGCGCUAUCGGCAUACACCGGCGGGGCACCAGUGAGAGAUAAUAGGUGAGGAUGAAGCAGCUCAGUUAGCCCAUCGUUACGAAUCUAGCAAUAAAUCAAUCACGAUGGUUUCCAGGGGGAACCACGAGGAGGUCGACCUCACAGGGUAUUUUGCUAGCUUUGGGGCUACUAAUCCCCAUUACUAACACUCUUCUCCCCCCAAUUGAUAAGUGUUGGAAACAAUUGAAUUGUCUAUUAUUACAAUGUUUACAUUGUGUGCUCGUGUGUGCCUGUGUCGAAAUUGCACAUUUCGACACAGGAAUGCCUUGAAGAUUUUAAAGAAAGUGACAUAACUUAUUUAUUCAUAACUACAUUAUAAUUUAUAUGCAAACACGUAAUGAAUUUAAAAAACCUAUGUAUAGUUUACAAACUUGCCGUUUGGGACUCUGCAAACAUUGUUGACGAAUGGAGAAUUUGUUUAAGAUAACACCAAGUUGUAAUAUGUCUUACAAAUAUCAGAUAUAUAUCACGCACGCAAUGUCACACUGAUUUGAAUGAUAUUUGGUGUGGUAUUUGACGAUAAGAUAUGUACAUUAUAUAUGUCACCUUAUGUAAAAUUUACUAAAUUAUCAAAAGGGAUUUUUGUUACUUAGUGCGUAGUUGCGUUGAAGCUGUGUCAGUAAUGUUCAUAUCGCUAGUUCAUUGUACAGUUGUCUAGUUGUCUAUUUUGUGACAUUGCACUCUAGUGCAAGUACCUGCAGAAUGAACACUUGCAUUCUGCCAUAUUUGCAGUAUAAAGUAGAUAUAGCAAUCAUGAAUUUCUAUUAUAAGAUAUCAUAGAGGCGUAAAUUUCACUUUGUCUUUGAGACUUUGAAUGCGACUAUUGUUUGUACUUCGCUCAGAUUUAAAAUUUUUGAUUUUUUAUUUUUUUGUAAUAGUAAAUGUUACACUUGUGUCAUUCUCAUAAUAAUCUUGUCCUCAGUGGUGUCUAAUAGCAUUAAUGUAACGUAAGGAGCGAUAUGACGAGUAUGUAAGCGUCUCUUAUGAAUAUUUUUUUUAUACAACUUAGAAUGGCAGACAAGCUGACGGCCCACUUGAUGGAAAGUGGUAACCGUCGCCUAUAGACAUGAGCAGUACCAUGGACAUAACAGCGUAUACUGUUUCGCCCAUGAUAACCCCCAUGCGUUGCCGUUCCUAAGGACUCAGGUGUUAUUCCUCUGUACCGUGUAAAUUCACGCCAUAUUCCACCCUUCGAACCGAAACACAGUCAUGCAAACACAACUGCUUCACAGUUGAAACACGAGUGGGACAGAGGUACCCAAGCAUUCGACUUUUGUACAAAGUCUCCCCAAAGGUAAAUAAUAUAAAUAAUAAUAUAAAUUAAUAUAAUUACAAUAUAAUAUGAUUUCCGACUUCGUA